ACAGAAAUGUUACUAAGUUGUGAGCCUCUGUCCACUUCAUCUGAUUGGAGGUCGUCACUGGCAGCCCCUCCAUCCGUUUGAGUUGCUUGCUCGUUUUAAACUCUGAUCCGCUUCUGGGCAGGAGGACCACAAACUGACUGACUUUUUUUGGUUUUUUUUUAAAGUUGCUCUACUUACUUUAUCGGCCAAUCAGGAAGUGAGAGGCGACAGAGUUUCUUGAUGAGACUCAACGUGUGACCUGCGUGUGCAGAUAGCGGCGACAUUUAAGGAAGUGCACAGCAGCAUCAAGUCGACCAACCGACCUGACAAACGAAGGAAGAGAAGCAGGAGCCGCCAUGGGGACCGGCGGGCAGCGCCACCUCCUCCUUGUCACCGCCUGCCUCGUCGCGUGUUGCGCUGGUGUUUGUGGUCUUUCGUCCCAAGUUGCCGACGCGCUGAGCUUCACCGUCCAGCCGGGCUCACUUAAGCCCAUCAAUACGACGGACUCGGGGGUGCAGAGAGCCGUAAAGGCGGCCACCUACGAAUACAACAACCGGUCAAACGAUGAGUUCAUCUUCAGGGCUUCGGAGGUCGACGAGGCGGAAGUCCAGGUGGUUAAAGGAGUGAAGUACUUCCUGGAAGUGAAGAUAAGCCGCACGGUGUGCCACAAGCGGGACCAUCCUGACCUGGACAAUUGUGACUUCCAGCCGGAUGGACGGCUCAAGCAGACUUUCAGAUGCCAUUUCGAGGUCUGGGUGAUCCCAUGGCAGCACUGGAUUAAAACUACAGCCCUCCUGUGCCACUAGACGACAAAAGGACUUCCUUGGCACUUUGGGAUCGUCACUGCAACAAAAUGACCGGCGCUUGUGUUUGGGCAAGAAAUGAGGGAAGGGUGUGUAACAAAAAGAAUUGUGCAAUUUUCAUAAAGUUCUGGGAAUAUGGAGAAUAAAGCACACAUUAUGAAUUGUUAAA